AUGUCGUGGCAAGCAUAUACUGACAAUUUGAUUGGAACAGGAAAACUUGAUAAAGCAGCAUUAUAUUCAAGAGCAGGCGAUUCAUUGUGGGCUCAAUCAGGUUCUUUUGAAUUACAACCCAAAGAAAUAUCAGAAAUUGCUAGAGGAUUUGACGAUGCCUCAGGAUUACAAAGUCAUGGAUUGCAUGCUCAAGGUCAAAAAUAUUUUUUGUUAAGAAAUGAUGACAGAUCAAUUUAUGGAAAACAUGAAGCUGAAGGUUUAAUUUGCGUUAGAACUAAACAAACUAUUUUAAUAGCUCAUUAUGGUAAUGGAGUACAACCUGGUGAAGCUACUACUAUCGUUGAAAAAUUAGCAGAUUAUUUGAUUAGUACUGGAUUCUAA